AAGAUAGUCAUUUGUAAUACUUCGAAUAAAGUAUGGUUUAAUUUUUCAAUUUAGUGGAAUCGUAGAGUUAAAGAGGAAAUUAUUUUCGUGGUGGGAUUUGAUAAUUUUAUAAGAACAAAGAGAAUUAAAAUAUUCAAGAUUCUCUUGACCGAAGAUGGAAUUCCCAAAUUUAGGCGAACAUUGCUCAGAAAGCAGUUGCAAUCGAUUGGACUUCUUGCCAAUGAAAUGCGAUGCAUGCGCUUCGAUAUUUUGUACAGAACACGUAUCGUAUAUUAAUCAUAGCUGUCCGAGCGCGUAUAAGAAAGACUUUCAAGUUCCAGUAUGUCCUCUGUGUAAUACGCCGAUACCUAUAAAACGAGGCGAUCCACCAGACAUUGCAGUAGGACAACACAUUGAUAACGAAUGCCAAUCGGAUUUAAGAAAACCUGGCCAGAAAAUAUUUUCAAAUAGAUGUUCGUUCAAAGGUUGCAAAAUCAAAGAAAUAGUUCAAGUACGUUGUUCCGAAUGCAACGAGAAUUUUUGUUUGAAGCAUAGACAUCCGACGGACCAUACGUGCGUAGGCCAGGAAGAAGCCAUUCGAAGAAAACGACUUGAUGCUGUAAAAAAUAAUAUGAAAGCGAAUAAAAGAAAUGGUGAAAUUAUGAAGAGUUACCAAGGCAGUAUGAGCGAAGAUGAAGCUCUCGCCAGGGCUCUUCAGGCUUCCAUGCAGGAUGAAGAUGCAACGGCUACCCACCGACCACUCGAGGUUGUACCUUCCGGAAAUAGAGAUAAAUGUAGGCUUUUUUAAAUCUUUCCAUUUUGUACAACAUUUUCAAACACUUAAUGUACAUUUUUCAGCCGCACAAAUCUAGAGAAAUUGUCACUUCUUUCUGAGACUUUAAUCUUUUGUUCUUGAGUCGAAACAAUAUUUACUAUCGUUGGAACAAAGUUGACUGCUCUGGACAAAGUCGGGCAAAGCUUUAUUUGUGAAAAACGAAUAGAAAUUUUAGACCGAUGACGUAAACUAAUUUUUAUAUACGUUUUAUCGAUAAAUUCCCUUAGAAAUUCUAUCAUUUUUGUUCGAUAUUCAAGAAUAAAAUUUGCCCAACUUUGGCUUUUAGUUAUCGGUACGUUAUGUAUUCUUUUUUUAUGCCGCUUCGUUUCUCAUUCCUUCUCAUAACUAUUGAAACGCACGGUUUCCGUCCCUCGGAGAUAGCUUAAAAGUUAGAUUCGUACUUGGCGUGAUUUGCAGCGAGCAUAAUAUAUUUAAGUGGUCAGUUAAGUUUGUCCCGACUAUAGUAUAUUAAUAAUUUAUAAACUUUCAAGUAACUUCAGCACUUUACAAUUUUAAGGAAGUUUUACUCGCGCGGAUUCUUAGGACGAUCGUCACGCAAUGUAAAACUUUUUUAAACCACAUAUCAUGAUCAAUAGUGGAAUUAGAUUAACACACAUUGUACAAGUUACUUAAAAACAAAGUAAUGCAACACUCGCUAAUAGAAUAUAUUAGUAUUUCUUGAAUUUUUUUUUUUUGUAAACAGGUAAAUGCAACUUCGCAGAUAAACGAAAAAUAAUAAAACUUGCGGGUCAAAUUUUAUUUUAGUUUGUUUUUUAUAACAAGAACUAUACGUAUUAAAGGAAGUAAAACACUUUGUUGAUCCAACAAAGUAUUCAUUACUAAUGACAUGCAAAUACUUUUUAUUUCUAUAAAGAUAGUUUGAUAAUUGAUAUACAUUCGAUAUCUAAGUAAAACGUCUUAUCUCGCCAGAACCUUGAGCAAUUCUAAAUGUACAAACACGAAUGUACAUACUCAGCGUUUUCAAUUAAGAUUAACUAUUGAUAAUAAUUACUUCGAAUACAAUCAAAAUCAAUUCACUAUCACAAUCUUUAUCUUUCAACCUUAUAUAUGUAUAUUUGUAUUCUUCUACCUGUACUUUUUAACCAUUCUAAUACUAAGUAAUUUAUACCUUUUAAAAACUACACUUCUCCAUGCAUUACUGCUUUGUUAACUGACUUUAUAUUCAUCUGUUCUACUUUUUGAAUAAAAAAUUGUAUUUUAAAAUUUUAUUUACAAAAAAUCCUACGUUACCUAA